CAGCCCCUUCCGUCCGCCGCGCUCCGCCGCUGUCCUCCGCCGGCCCGCGUGGGAGGACGAUGGGUCAGCGCGGAAAAAGUGAAUGAGGGCGGCAGCGGUGGCGGCGGUAGCCAGCGCCUGACUCGGCGGGCCCCGAGCACCGCCCGCGCCCCGGCCCCCGGCACCAUGGACGCGCCGCGCGCCUCGGCGGCCAAGCCCCCGACUGGGAGGAAGAUGAAGGCUCGUGCUCCCCCACCUCCUGGAAAGGCUGCCACUCUGCAUGUGCACAGUGACCAGAAGCCCCCCCACGACGGGGCCCUCGGGUCGCAGCAGAACUUGGUUCGCAUGAAGGAGGCGCUGAGGGCCAGCACCAUGGACGUCACCGUGGUCCUGCCUAGCGGGCUGGAGAAGAGGAGCGUGCUCAACGGGAGCCAUGCGAUGAUGGACCUACUGGUUGAACUUUGCCUUCAGAACCACCUGAAUCCAUCCCACCAUGCCCUUGAAAUUCGGUCUUCAGAAACCCAACAACCUUUGAGUUUUAAGCCAAAUACUUUGAUUGGGACCCUGAAUGUGCAUACUGUGUUUCUGAAAGAAAAAGUUCCUGAAGAGAAGGUUAAGCCUGGUCCCCCUAAGGUGCCUGAGAAAUCUGUGCGUUUGGUCGUGAAUUACCUGCGGACACAAAAAGCUGUUGUGCGUGUGAGCCCUGAGGUUCCUCUCCAGAAUAUUCUCCCAGUCAUUUGUGCAAAGUGUGAGGUCAGCCCAGAGCACGUGGUUCUCCUCAGGGACAACAUUGCCGGAGAGGAGCUGGAGCUGUCCAAGUCCCUGAACGAGCUCGGGAUAAAGGAGCUCUACGCGUGGGACAACAGAAGAGUUCGUCUGAGCAAAACUCAGUCCGAGCCUUCCCUGAGCUGUCAAGAAACCUUUAGGAAAUCAUCACUUGGCAAUGAUGAGACAGAUAAAGAGAAGAAAAAAUUUCUGGGAUUUUUCAAAGUUAAUAAAAGAAGCAAUAGUAAGGCUGAGCAGCUUGUGCUGUCGGGUGCAGACAGCGAUGAGGACACCUCCAGGGCUGCCCCAGGAAGGGGUUUGAACGGCUGUUUAACAACCCCCAACUCCCCAUCCAUGCACUCACGUUCUCUUACGCUGGGUCCAUCCCUCUCGCUGGGCAGCAUCUCAGGGGUGUCCAUGAAGUCGGAGAUGAAGAAGCGCCGAGCCCCUCCUCCUCCAGGUUCAGGGCCACCUGUGCAAGACAAGGCAUCGGAAAAGGUAUCUCUUGGGUCACAGAUUGAUUUACAGAAGAAGAAGCGGCGAGCGCCAGCUCCCCCUCCACCACAGCCACCACCACCGAGUCCCCUGAUCCCCAACCGCACUGAGGAUAAGGAGGAGAACAGGAAGAGCACGAUGGGUGGUGGACGGCAGGUGCCACAAAAGCCUCCCAGAGGCACUGCUCGGGGUCCACCCCAGUUAGUGCUUCCCCCACCCCCGCCCUACCCUCCUCCCGACACAGACGUGGUGGAGCCUCUCAGCUUUCCCGGGGAAGGCGCUGGUUCCGAGGCCUCAGACCCGAUACCCAAACUAAGCCUGCCCCUGGGGUCUGGCAGCCACUGCAGCCCGGAUGGAGCCCCGCAGGUGCUGUCAGAGGCGGAGGAGACCGUGUCAGUUGGCAGCUGUUUCGCGUCGGAGGACACGACCGAGGACUCAGGAGUGAUGAGUUCCCCCUCAGACAUCGUCUCUCUGGACUCGCAGCAGGACAGCAUGAAAUACAAAGACAAGUGGGCCACAGACCAGGAAGACUGCAGUGACCAGGACCUCGCUGGAACCCCAGACCUGGGUCCCCAGAAGAGCCCCUUGUGGGAGAAGAAUGGCUCUGAGAACUCACAUCUGAGAACUGAAAAAGCUGUCACAGCCUCAAAUGAUGAAGAAGACCUAUUAAUUGCUGGAGAGUUCCAUAAAACCCUUGCAGAACUUGAUGAAGACCUGGAAGAAAUGGAAGACAGCUAUGAAACAGACACCAGCUCCCUCACCAGCUCCAUCCAUGGUGCAUCCAACCACUGCCCACAGGAUGCCAUGAUCCCUCACGGCGACACAGAUGCAAUCCCAGUAACAUUCAUAGGGGAAGUUUCAGAUGAUCCUGUGGAUUCAGGGUUGUUUUCCAAUAGAAACAACAAUGCUGGGUCUUUCGACUCGGAGGGUGUUGCCCGCAGGAGAGCCUCCCUGGCGCCACUUCAAGCUGAGCACAGCCAGGCCCAUGAAAAGGCAAGGGAGGAAGUACCUGCCCUGCACCCCGCUUCCCGUGACAUCGGAAAAGGAAUCCGUGUGGCCUUAUCCAACAUCUCUAAAGAUGGGAAUCUAAUGGAAACGGCGCCCAGGGUGACUUCUUUUGCUUCGAAUCUUCACACAGACAACCUAAAUGCAAAAGUGAAAGACAAAGUGUAUGGCUGUGCUGAUGGGGAGAGGACUCAAGCCACAGAGAGAGUGAAUUCCCAACCGGUGAAUGAAAAGGACAGCAACGAUAAAAACGCUGCCUUGGCACCAACAUCAUGGCACCAACGAGGCCAAAACCCAGGGAAAAGCUACAGACUUAAGCACGGCCUCACAACAUAUAAAAUCAUUCCUCCAAAGUCAGAGAUGCGAUGUUACGACAGAGAUGUGUCCCUCUCCACCGGAGCCAUUAAGAUUGACGAGCUGGGGAACUUGGUGAGUCCUCACACCACCGGCAUCAGGAUCAUUUCCCUGUCUUCGUCUGUGCCUGAAGCAGAAUCUCAGCCCAUUGGGAAAGUCAAAGAGUUCUGGAGGUGCAACUCUGUGGAAAAACACCUGGGCCGACCCUCAGAAAGCUCGGCCAGGGGACCCCCCUCCACCCCUGUGCCCACGCAGACGCAGCAUCCAGAGAGCAGACUCCAAGCAGACCCCAAGCCAAUAUCGCCCCAGCAGAAGUCUGCCCACCAUGAGGGCCGGAACCCCCUAGGGGAGGGGAGAAACCAGCCCCCCACCAUGGGCAUGGGUCACAUGAGGGUGCCAGCAGCUCACACCACAGAAGUCACAUUUCUCAAGCCUCAGAGAAGAACGUCCAGCCAGUAUGUGGCCUCUGCCAUUGCCAAGCGCAUAGGAGCCCCAAAAGUCCAUGCUGAUGUGGUGAGGCCACACGGUCAUGCCGAGAAGGGUUAUGCAGGCAGGGCGCCAGUGCUGGCUGCACCACCUGUCACUGUGAAAGAUGACAGGACAUCCAGCCCACACUCAGAGACACAAGGAUGGAAGGAUGGUGCCCAGUGGCCCUGUGUCACUCCUCCCAACAACCACGGGGAAGAUUUGGCAGUGGGAGCCCCUCCUAGGGGGGAGGUCAUUGGCCCACACAGGAAGUUGUCUACUCAGGACAGACCUGCUGCUAUCCACAGAAGCUCCUGUUUCUCACUGGUUCAGUCUUCCCAGAGGGAUCGUGUUUCUGUGGGACAGAGCUGUGGUUUCAGUGGAAAGCAAAGCACAAGUAGCCAGGAGGCCAGCUCAGCAUCUGAGCCCAGACGCGCACCUGACGGUACAGACCCACCCCCUCCACACACAUCUGACACUCAGGCCUGCAGCAAGGAGCUGGCCAAUGGCUGUGUGCGCGCCCCGGGCCAUGGCGAGCCUUCCCACCCUCCAGGAGGGUCUGGCACAGAAAGCCACAUUCUCCUAGAAAGAGAGGAAAAGCCCAGUGUGUUCUCUACAGAUGGAAAUGAAACAGACAGUAUUUGGCCACCUAGCAUUUUUGGGCCGAAGAAAAAAUUCAAACCUGUUGUCCAGAGACCAGUCCCAAAAGACACAUCCCUGCACUCUGCCCUGAUGGAAGCCAUCCACUCUGCGGGAGGGAAGGACAGACUACGCAAGACGGCAGAACACACUGGGGAGGGCAGGCCAGCGAAACUGUCCUACACGGAGGCAGAGGGCGAACGAUCUGCACUGCUGGCAGCUAUCCGCAGGCACAGCGGCACCUGCAGCCUGAGGAAGGUGGCAUCCUCUGCUUCUGAGGAGCUCCAGAGCUUCCGAGAUGCCGCACUCUCUGCACAGGGCUCGGAAAGUCCUCUGCUAGAAGACCUUGGUCUUCUGUCCCCACCAGCCGUUCCCCCACCACCCCCUCCACCCUCCCAGGCUCUCUCUGCACCAAGGACGGCCUCCAGGUUCAGCACGGACACCCUCAGCAACACCGCAGACGCAAGGCAAGCCUUGAUGGACGCCAUCCGCUCCGGCACAGGGGCUGCGAGACUGAGAAAGGUGCCCUUGCUCGUGUGAAUGAACAGAGGCCAGAGAAUUGCAGAAACCCACCUGUAAUAUGCCCACAGGCGUCACUCAAGGAGUCUGCAUAGCCAGGAACAUCAAGUUUUGGUGUUACUUUCUUGUCUACAGGCCAAAAUGCGCACAGUUGAUUUUUGGUGUGUUCCUGUAUAACGGCUUGAAAGGAAAGGAGAAGAUGCUGUGUUGCUGCGCAGCUCGUGUGCCAAGGAAAUGUGUUUUGCCUCUGAAUAUCUUAAGUUGCUAAUAAACGAUUCUUGUUGGCAGGUUAAUGGGACUAUAAAUGCUGGAGCCCAGCACUCACACUUAAUUAUAUUUAUGGGCAAAGUAAAAAGAAUCAUGCCUUUAGACUGAUUUUGGACCUUUGAGACUUUUACCACAUACAGAUGGAUGAAACCACUUACUGAUUUAAGAUCUUUUGAAUUUUAGAAAAAACAUAUGAAUCAGAUGGAACAAUCUGAAUGUGAUAUGCUCAAUGAUGCUGUGUGUUUUGGUAGUAAGAAAAAAAAAUUGGGAGGCUUUUCAAAGGUGGCUUUGUUAGGUAGUAAAACUGCUGGAUUCUUCUUCCUCAAAUAUUUGGGGCUAACACUUCACAGAGGGUCACAGUCCAUGAUCUGACCAACUAAGCUUUUAAAAAUCAACUAUUACCACCCAGAAAACAGUCCUACGUGAUCAUGUGGCCAGGGUAUGCCCGAGUCCUGCAAGGGUGGCGGGUGGCUGAGGUCACACCACCACUGGAGUGGAUGGGGCAGUGCCCCACAUGGACAGCCGUUCCCCAGGCUAUGAAGUGACAUAGGCCUCCCCCACGGUGCCUGUGUACGGAGCCUGGUGACUUCACUGGGAGCCUUCUGGAAUCCUGAAUAGGGUCAAGGAGCAGGGAUGUUGGAUGCCCACCUGUCAAGAGUUCAGAUCAAAGUUGCGCUGAGAGCAUCACAAUUUUGGUUCAGCCUUGACGCGUUUGUCCAACAGCUCGUUGGCUCCCUUUGUAUGAUAUCGUGGUCUUCUCACAUGGUGCCCAGUCACCAAUAUUUAUAAUGAGGUUUAACUACAGCAGUAGUUUUUCAUAUAUAUCUCUAAAACAUUUUGUUAUAUUGAAAAAAGUAAUAGAAAUCAAGAUGUGUUGAUGAAAUAAAAUGUGUAUCUGAGUGAGAAAACAAGUAUGGUGAGGUCACUUUAAUGUUUCACAGCGAUCUCAGAUCUAGGCCUCAGGUAGAAUGGAAGCUGUUCUGCAUUCACUGAUUAACGUUGCUAAACUCUUGGUGAGGCACGAGCUACCAGCCAAUUGCUCUUCAUCACAGUUAUCUGUCUUUUAGUGCCACAAAUAAAAGAAAAUCAAAUCUUA